CACACGUAACAAUAGUACCGUAAAGAGCACUACUCCCGCUUGAUCAGUUUAUUUUCUGCGAACUUUGUUCAACGAAUGCUGUUUCUCUUACGAUUUAUUUUAUUUUAAUUUAUUCAAGUUUAUUAUGCAGUUUAUUAUGAACUGCAAUGCAAAGCUACUCCUUAAUGCUUCUUUUGUUUAGUGUGAACAAUCAACUCAUCCAUUGAAUCAUCUCAAAUCUGCGAAAAAAAUAUAUGAGAGAACAGACUUGCAUAUGCAUUCAGUCAAGGAGACCUAAGCAAGAGCUAAGCUAAAAAGAAUAUGACUGAGGGCAACGGCUUAACCAUGAAGCACCUCUUCUCCAGUACAGAUGGGAACCCCAAAGGUUUUCUUAUCCAGAAUGCAGGAUUCUACGCCUUAGCUGUUAUCAACGCGCUAUUUGUGGGCGUCACUACAACCGCCACGGAGGACAUCCUAGAACAUUCCGACAUCCCAACUUCUGCCAAUAUCAUAACAAUUGGCGUCUACUUUGUACUGUCCUUAUUCAUGCCGUGUUUCAUCGACAGGGUCGCACUCUUGGGCCGCGCUUUAGCCGCAAUGGUACUAACUGGUGCAGGGUUCAUUGUAAUGGCUUCAGGGAUGACAGUAGGGAUUCGUAUAGUUGGGGUUGCGCUGGUGUGGGGAGGACAGGCGUUUGGUGAAGGUGGCUUGCUCUCAUCGACCUCAUUCUAUCACGACUUCUCGCUGAGUUACUACAUUGCUGGUAAUGGACUUGGAGGCUUGGCAGGCGCUGCCUUUUAUACCGUUCUCACCACAUUCUUGUGUGUCUCAUCGCGUCAUACUCUUCUGGUCGCCAUGGUGAUUCUACCGGGCUUUCCUCUCGUAGCAUGGCUAGUCGAACAAAGCGAACCAUCAAGUCUACAAGAGAUCAAGUAUUACCCUAUUGAUGGGGACAAUACAGACACGAAAGGACGUCUGACGCUAAGGGAAAAGGUGCAAUUUGCUCGUGAAAAUCUGAAUCUGGCCUUACCAUUCUUCCUUGGAAUGUUGGCAAGUUAUAUCUUCACUCAGUCAGUCGUAACUACGCUAUCCUAUAAGAGUGUCCCGUUCCUCCCUCAAGAACAAUACAGACUCUACUCGUUUUCAUACAUGACCGCUUUAUUUGUAUCACAGUCAAUCCCAGCAAUGAAGUCAUGGAUCAACCCCGAGUGGACUUGCGUUACAAGGCAACUAUGGAUCACCGUGAUUUGCUUGAUUGCACUCUUACUGUUCGCAGUCCUUAUUAGUUGGUACAACGUCUUCCGUAGUUUUAUAUUAGUGCUUUCGUUAUGCUUUGUGGACGGUGUCUUAGAGGGCGCGGUGUAUUUCAACGCGUUUUCCAGCGCGGGGCUUGGAGGAUCGGUGCGCAAUAAGGAGUUUUCCCGCGCAUUCUUGACAUGUGCUUACAGCGGUGGACAAGUCGUGGCAGGCCUCUUGGAUUGUGGGUAGAGCCUGUCUUGAGAAAUCAAUGUUACCAAGUAGCAGUUGGCGCGCGGAUGUGCUUAACGCGAGCAAUCAGCACCAACAAAACUAUGUCAUGCUCGUUAUGAUUGCCAGUAAUGACAUCUGGCUCACGUCCAAAGGGGAAAAGGAGAAGUUCCUAUGCUAAUACGCAGAGAUGGGGUAACUAUGUGUUUAACUCCUGAAUUAAUUUGACUCCGGUUGUUUUUUUCUUUGGGAUAAAGGUGUGAUUAAUUUUUGGUGUGUAUUCGGAUAGGUAGUCAAGUUUACAAGCGUCACGUGUAUAAUUUUGAUAUAAUCAAGUAUUCAAGCUCACCUGCAUAAGGGCUAACAUUGCGUACAAAAUAAAACCAUUUGUAGA